UGCCGCCCCACAAACCAUUCCCCGGUGCCAGUGAUUCGACUCCCAAUGGAGAGCACUCGAGCGACGAGACUGAGAAAAACUUUAGGGUUCUCAACAUUAGGGCUCUUGGGAUUGGAGGGAAUGGGAGAGGGCGAUGGCGAUCUGGAGGCCCUGGAGGAGGAGGUGAGAGAGAUGGACGCGCGCGUCAAGAGAAUGCGCAGCCAAGGCCCCGCCAGGUUUAAAUCUUUGCUCCAGGACCAUCUUGUCAAGCUCCGGCCCCCUCCAACGCUAGAGCCGCCGCUACACACGCCAUAUCUCGAUGGAGUAAAUGGUGAUUUGUCUGCGAUCCAGACCAGACGGUUGGAGGUUCUCAAUUCGCUUCCCGGAUUGCUGGAGCGCAUCAACAAAUGCACGGAUGAUCUCUCCGCCACUCUCGCCAAGCUCAAGCACAAGCGAUCUUACGACCUGGUUUUCGAGCUCCCGCAUCCAACACUACCCGAGGAGGAUGGCGAUGGCAGCCUCGCCAGUCGAUUCUUUCCAACUUAGCCGCCGUCUCUCUCUCCUGUACAAACAAGGAAGAACAGCACAGCGAAUUCAUCAACAGGGACAGUAAAAGAACCAACAAACACAAGAAAAUUACUAUACUACCACCUCGUCGGCAUUAAUUUGCUUGUAUCCUUCUGACUUGUAAGUGUUCUCUCGUUUGUAACAUUCGGUUUCUGUCCGUCCAUUGAAUGUUUAUCAAUCA